GACGCAAGAUGCACACGCCGCUGGACCGCCCGCACCCUGACUGCCAGGCUGAAAUCAAGGCGCUGCUCGAGUGCCACGAGGAGAACCCGUACGCCAAGUUCUUCGGCGCCUGCGGCGACGUCAAGACGGCGCUGGACUGGUGCUUUAGAGAGGAGAAGGUGCGCAUCCGCUCGGAGAACUUCCAGCGCGCCAAGGCCUCGGAUGCCUACGUGAGGCAGAAAAUGCAGGAGCGCCGCGACCGGGUGGCCGCCGAGCAAAAGGCCAAAGCGGAGGCCAAGGCCAGCGAGGCAGCAGCAGCCAAUUAAGGCUCCGAUCGAUGAACUUACAACUAAGAACUCAACACGAAACGCAACCCACC